GCUUUAUAUGUGAUAAUAAUAUUAUAAUGGAUACGGACACACUACGAAUAACGAUCUCUGAUCAUUUAAUAUUGUGCAAGUACACUAUUCAAUAUUUUGGUAACAUAAUUAAAAAUUUCAAAUAUUUGUAACUAAUUAUUAAUUACACAUCGCACAGUAUUACAGAAACGACUAACGUUUUUUAACUUUUUUACUUGCCAAUUUGUUUUUGAAAAUACAUUAUCAAAAUUAAAAUAUUCUAAUAACUAAUUUAAGUUAUUAAAUAUUACCUAUCAACUAUUAAGAAGUAGUCAACCAUUUCAAUAAUGGAUAUUUUAUAUCCAUGCAGUCUGUGUUCACAGAAUUUUACAUUAAGAAAACAUAUUUUAAAACAUAUGAAAACUGUUCAUGAAUCUAAUGUUCCUUCAAUAUGUAAUGAUGAUUCGGAAAGCUUAUUAAGCUGUUCACAAUGCGACAAACAGUAUAAAAGUAAAGGUUUGUUGAGUAAACAUAUACAUUCAAAACACAGUAUUUCAAAACCAAAUUUGAGUAAGGACACUUCAAAGCCAUUGGAGAAAAGAGUUUCUCAAAAGCUCAAUGCUUAUUUAUCAUUAAAAGAUUGCUUGCCAGCUAAUUAUUCUUAUAAAAUAUUGGCAUUCAAAUAUUUAUCAUAUGGACAGUUCAAAGCAAAAUUUCAGAUUAAUAACAUCGACAAAGACUCAUUUUUAGAUUGGUUGAAUAGUUUAUGUCAUAUUACAAAAGUUAAUUAUAUAACUGAAAACGUACCAUCUAAUUCUUUAAAUAAUAUCCAUCGAAUCGUAUAUAAGUGCAAAAACAUUGACUAUUGGAAUGUUAAGUCUAAUAGUAUGCUGAAGAACCCAACUAGUUGUAAAGCAAGUCUAACAGUUAUAUUUGAACCUUUGGAUGAUGAAUUACCUCAUCAAUCAAAAGCUGUUAUAUUAAUGAAACAUUGUCAUUGUCAUCCCAUGAAUUGUUUCACAUCAAUGAAAUUAUUCUAUCGUAUAUAUUUUGUUUACAAUCAAUUAAUUAUUUCAUUAAAAAAUGGUAAGUCAGCUGCUGGUGCACUGCAUGAAUAUACAAUUGAAACUAUACAAAAUAAAGGUGAAAAUCAUUAUUUGGAAUUAAUGGAUUCAGGAGUCAAAUCAGAUGUAGAAUUUGUCUACGAGUUGUACUACAGGCAUAUAAGAAAAUCUAAAUUUUCAUCACCAUUUGUUAAACGUGUAGAUUCAUUAAUGCAAUCUGUAAAAUAUUAUAAUGCCAGUAUAGGAACGAAGAGUACUGUUGUUAAAUUAAUAAAAAAUAAUAUUGUGGUUGCUAUUCGAACCCCACUAAUGGGAGCAAUUAAUACUGAUACAGUAUUUGUGUGCUCAACUAGUUUCGAUAAAUGUAAAACAUGGUUCAUGUUUAGUAAAAAUGAUAAAAAUAUAAUGAUUCCUGUAGGUGUAAUUAUUUCCACUGACGAUAAAGAUUGCUUGUUAAAAGCGGGCUUAUGUUUGUGGGAAAAAUUAGGGGGCACUAUCAAAACUGUUGUAGUAGAUUUAGUGUAUGUAGAUACAUUCCAAACUGUUUUUCCUAAAGCCACUGUAUGUGUUUCUAAAUUUCAUUUUUUGUUGAGUGUAUGGAAAUGGCUUAUUAGUGUCACAAAAAAUAGUAAUAUGAUUGAAGAGUUAAAUUGCUUUGUUGAAUUAAAAAAAAUAGUAUGUUCUGAAAGCUAUAUUGCUGACCAUUUUUCAGAUACAAACUUUGCUAUUUUUAUUGAAAAAUAUCCAAAUUUCAAACAAUUUAUGCAAAAUAUUGAUAAAAACAUUUUUUUAUUUGGUUCACCCAUGUCCUCUCAUCCAUGCUCUACAAUUUCAGAACGGAAACUUAUUUACUAUCAUACUAAAUCACUUUCGAUCUUACAAACAUUUCAUUUUGUUAUUACUGAAAUUGACUUAUUCUACAACAAUUUUUCUACAGAUAAUCCAAAUAAUAAUCAACAAAUAAUUUUAAAUAACUUCAAAGAAAUGUUCAAAGAUAAGAACGGUUUUACUUACUGUAGUAUAAACGAAAAUCAUUCUUUGUACUUAGUAGAAAGUGAUAAUUUUGGUAAAUUUUUUGUUGAUAUGUGUAUUGGACUAUGUUCUUGCACUAUAAAUAAUGUAUGUUCUCCGUGUAUUCAUCAGGUGUUUUUAAGUGAAUGUUUGAAUAAAAAAAGCAUUAACGGUUCGGCUCAUAGUGAUGCUUGUAUAUUAAAUACAUUUAAUUAUGAUGUAGAAGAACUAAAUACUGAAAAAAAAGAAUUUGAAAGCAUUUUAUUUGAAUUUCAAUCUGUUCAUAAUAAGAUAAAAGAACAAUUUGUGAUUGAUCCAGAGUAUUUUAAAGUUGGCAUUCAGAAGUUUGUUUCAACUUGGAACAACAGUCUAACAUCAAAUAAAUCUUUAUUUUUAGCCUGUCAUUCUUUAAACAAUGUUCACCAAUCAAACUUAAACAAAGAUGAUUUAUACAAACAUGAAUCAUAAUUUAUACAUUUUUAGAGUUUAUAUUUCAAAAUUGGACUUAGUUAUCUUUUUUAAUGAUAAUAUACAUGGAAUAAGAUUAUUUUUUAAUCUUUAUUUGAAAAGGGCUAAAUUACAUAAAAUAAUUUAGUUAUUUAUUUAAAUAACUUUAUUAGCUUAAGAAUAAUGUACCCGGUUAAAAUAGAAUAAUAAAAAUAAAAUAACAUAGAUUAAUAAAAUACAUUUUUAAGUUCAGUUUUUUCAAUGAAAUAUUUUUAAAAAAAAAUAGUUAAUAAUAUAACUUUAAUUUGCCUCAUAUCUUAUUGUUUAUCAGUACAAUUAUAAAACUAACCCACUUCCAUAUGUGCCUGAUAAUUAUUAUAAGUAUUAGAAACAAUAGAAACUAUUAGUUGUAAGUUGUGGAAAAUAUAUUUUCUUAAAAUCUUGUUUGUAUGAUGUAAAUAAUAUAAUAUUAAGACUACCUAUUGCUCUAAAUGAUUAUACUGCUUUUAGAUUAUUAUACAUAUUUUUUAAUUGUGCUUUUUUUUUGGCAAUUUUUUUGAAUAAAAAAAUAAUUUAUCACUUGUAAUUCUUAUAAUUGUUUGAUGUUUAAAGAACUAAAAAACUGUUUUAACUUACAAUUAAUGAAUGAAUGGAUUGGUUUUAUUCUUUUUUGCAUUAAAUGUGCAAUAUCUUUCUAAUGACUUAUCAGUUUUCACACAUUUUUGUAAAAUAAUGACAGAAAGGUAAUCAAUUGAUUUUGAUGAUAUGUAAAAUUAUAAGAUUCAAGCAUUUAAAAUCAGGGCCUUGCACCCGAAUUAACCCGAACCCCUAACACCCCUAAACACCCUUAAAAAAUCAAACACCCGAAACCCAUAUAUCCCGAAUGAUUCAGUUUUCAAAACACCCGUAUUAAACCAAAACCCAUAUAAAUCAUUCGGGUUAACCCGAAACCCGAAUAAUUUUGAUUAUUACAAACUCUUCAUAUGAUAUAUCAUAUGAUAUAUCAUUUUGUAUGUAU